UGGUCCGGAACCGCGCAGUAACCAGGGGAACUGCAAACAGUGUAGGGGCCGCUUCCGGUGCGAGCACCCGGAACCGCCGCCUCGAGGGAUGGACGGUCAGACUCUGCGAAAGGCUGACAGAAGCCGGUCGUGCUCGCGGGAGAAAAAGGAGGGUUACGCUAAGGACAUGGUGCCUGACUUUGAUGAGAAACAUGAUGAGUAUUUAAUAUUGCUUCAGCAGAGGAACAGGAUAUUAAAGCAUCUGAAAACCAAGGACCCCAUGCAGCUGAGGCUGGAGCACUUGGAGCAGGGUUUCUCUGUCUACGUCAAUGGAGCCAAUUCGGAGCUGAAGUCGUCCCCCCGGAAAGCCGUCCACUCCGACUUCACCAGGAGUGCCUCCCACGCCGAGGGGACACACGAUCAUGGACGGAGAACCCUAUUGCGAGAAGCGGAGGAAGCUUUAAGACGCAAUUCGCGGACAGCCCCCAGCAAAGUCCAGCGCCGCGGAUGGCACCAGAAAUCGGUGCAGAUCAGAACAGAAGCUGGCCCGCGGCUCCACAUUGAGCCUCCUCUGGGCUCUUCUGAAGAUUUUGAGGCACGCGCAGAUGAGACCGCCAAGGCCCAGGGUGCUGCUGGCGACCGUCCGCAGGGCACCAAGUCUUCCACUGACACCACGCCCUGUGAUUUCCAUCUCUCCCUUCUGGACGCCCACGGAUGCCCUGACCCUGCGAGCAAUACCGACAAAGAAAGGAUCCUCUUAACUAUCCAGGAUGUGAUGGAGCUGAGAAAAAGCCUGGAACUAAGUGUAAAUCUGCAGAGGAAACAAAGAGAUGAUUCUGGCGACGAGUAUGACUCUAUCGAGGAAGAGGUGCUCUCCGAGCCCGAGCCCGAGCCCGAGGAGCCGGUGCUGCUGGGCCACGGCAGAGAGGACCCCCCUCUUUCCAGCGGGAACUCCGUGCAGAAGGCUGUGCCCAAGGACCACGGGCCAGAAGGAUGCCCUUCCCAGGGCCCAGACCCCCUCGUGGUGCUGGAAUUCAACCCAGCUUCCAAGAGUAAUAAAAAGGAAAGGAAUUUGUCGGCGAAGCGGAAGGACAAUGCUGAGGUUUUCAUUCCCAGCAGACCCGAACUGAACUUGAACCCUCAGCCCUCUGCUGUGUUACCAGACCAGGAGAAGGCAUGCUCAAGACCCGGAAGCCGCCGCGAGAGACCCCUCUCGGCCACCCGAAAACCUGUGCAUGAGGCUGAGGACCGAGAGGAAGACGCCUCAGCGGUGCUCAGGGCCAUCCAGGUGGAGAACGAAGCUCUGCAGAGGGCCCUCCUCGGCAGAAAGACUGAGCCCUCCACCAGCCCACUGCAGGACAUGGAGGGACCAGCAGCAAAACCGUGGACCAGUCUGCUGAAGGGCAAGGAGGAGAGCCCUGAGCUUCCUACAGCCCCGGCCACCAGCGCGACCAGCCCGGCCAGCCCGCAGGAGCCGUCCAGGGCAGCAGGGGGAGCCAGAGCCGUCAGCGAAGCCAUUGACAGAAUCGGCCUUUUGGGGAGCAGGCAGCAGCAAAGGCUUCUGAAAGUGCUCCAGGCCAUCGAAAGCGACUCUGCCCGGCUCAGCACGGUUGCUUCAGCAACGGAGGAGUGUGUGCCAGACCCAGAGGAUAAAUUGAGAAUAAAAGGCGGAGACAUCGAAGAUGCCAUCUGUGUGACCUUGGAAAUCCUGUCCAACUGGGGCCAUGCGUCCUGGGUGGGUCUCACGGAAGUGGAGUUCUUUGACCUGCACAACACCAAGCUUUAUGUGUCGCCCCAUGACGUGGAUGUCCGGACCACGGACACGCCUGGGGAGCCGGGCCACCUGGUCAACAGGAGCUUCGCUAGCAUGAAAGACCCUUCUUUGUGGAUGUGCCCCUUCCACCCACCGCUCCAGCUCCUUUUUGUUAUCCGCAACACCAGACAGCUGCGGGACUUUGGUCUAGCCAAGAUCAAGGUCUGGAAUUACUGGACGGCGGAAGGCGAUCUUGACAUCGGUGCCAAGAACGUGAAGCUUUACGUCAAUAAAAAUCUCAUCUUUGAGGGCACGUUAGACAGAGGAGGUGGAGAGGCCCCGGCUGACCAGAGCUUCCCAGUUGGCGAGAAACAGGAGCAGGACGAGAGCAGGGAAAGGGCCCCGGGUGCCCCCUUGGGAGAAAGCAGAGAGGCCCGCACGAUGGCUGGCACAGAUGAGGAGCUCUCGCCUCCAGCCGGAGCCGUAGCAGAUGUGAAGCUUCCUUCCCAGGGAACGUUACUUGUUGGAAAAAUGAAUCCUCCCGACGGCGCGAAGGACAGCUUGUCCAAGUUAGACGAAGGCGCGAGCUGCUCGGUAGCCCCAGCUUCGACGGGUGGUGCGCCGGCGGCUCCCCCGCUCUGCCCGCCUGUGGAAUGCCCUCCCCUUGACCCAGAGCUCUCUCUGGCCCAACAGCUGGAAAACCUCAUGAGCAGAAAAGUCUCCGAGCCGCCAGCGCAAACCCCAUCAUGGUUGCAACCUUCUGCCACAGGGAAGGGCGGGAAGCAGGCAGGCAGGAAGUCAAAACCACUGUGGCUGAGUCCUGAGAAGCCGCUGGACUGGGAAGGCGGACUUGGAUCAGACACCACCACCAACCCUGUGGGGGAGGCUCCCAGAGAGGCCAAGGUCGGGGAGAAAGGCUCCAGGCGUGAGCCAGGGCGGCCAAACAGCUGGAAUGUCCUCAACGGGGAGAGAGCCCAGAAGGUGACCCCCAGAGUCUGUGAUGAUUUUGACAUCUUUAACCAGCCCGCCUGCCGGGAGCACCCUGCGAGUGGGAGGCGGGGCCCGAGGAAGGACCCCCUCGUCAGCAGUCACCGUGAUAGCCCGCCGACCGGCAGAGAAGACACUCAGUCCACCGAGACGCCGCCACGGUCCCGGUGGUGCAGCGAGCAGGAGCAUUUGCUGCACGAGUCCUGGGACUCCCUCAGCGCCUUUGACCGCUCCCACCGCGGACGCAUCUCCAACAUGGAACUGCAGGGGGACAUCCUGGACGACUUUCUGCGGCAGCAGAAGGACAGCCGCCGCGGUGACCAGCUGCCCCCAGGGGAGGAGGAGAAGCCGGAGCCCAGGAGAGGGCCGGACGACAGCUCCGCAGAGGCGGACGAUGGCAGUGACUUCGAAAUCCCCGUCUUGCCUUACGGACGGCGCCUGGUCAUUGAAAUCAAGUCGACGUGGGGGGACAGGCAUUAUGUCGGCCUUAACGGAAUAGAAAUAUUCAGUUCCGAGGGGGAGCCGGUGCAGAUCGCAAACAUCCGUGCGGACCCCCCCGACAUCAAUGUUUUACCAGCUUACGGGAAGGACCCCCGCGUGGUCAGCAACCUCAUCGACGGGGUGAACAGGACCCAGGAUGACAUGCACGUCUGGCUGGCCCCUUUCACCCUGGGCAAGCCUCACUCCAUCUCCAUAGACUUCGUGCAGCCUUGCCAAGUCGCCCUGAUCCGGAUUUGGAACUACAAUAAAUCUCGGAUACAUUCCUUCCGUGGCGUGAAGGACAUCACCAUGCUGUUAGACGCGCAGUGCAUCUUUAAAGGAGAAAUCGCCAAGGCCUCGGGGACCCUGACGGGAGCACCAGAGCACUUUGGAGACACCAUCUUGUUCACAACCGAUGAGCUCAUCCUGGAGGCCAUAUUCUGCUCAGAUGAGACAUUUGACGUGGACCCGGAGAGCCCCUACAGCUUGCAGAGCGAGGAGACGCCCAGGAGACCCAGCACUGCCGGCAGCGAGGGAGAAGACAGGCCCUACACCCAGGCCGGCCCGUGGGCUGAGGACCGGGUCCUGGAGCUUGAGCCGCCAUCCCUUCCGCCUGCCCCCGACGUAACCACGCCAGAGCCAGGCAUCUACCACGGGAUCUGCCUCCAGCUGAAUUUCACUGCCUCCUGGGGAGACCCGCACUACCUGGGGCUCACGGGCCUGGAAGUGGUGAGCAAGGAUGGCCAGGCCCUGCCCAUCAGCCUGCACCAGAUCUCUGCCUCUCCCAGAGACCUAAAUGACCUCCCCGAGUACACCGAUGACUCCCGGACCCUGGACAAGUUAAUCGACGGAGCCAACAUCACCAUGGAGGAUGAGCAUAUGUGGCUCAUCCCGUUCUCGCCUGGCCUGGACCACGUGGUCACGAUCCGCUUCGACAGAGCCGAAAGCAUCGCUGGCCUGCGCUUCUGGAACUACAAUAAAUCUCCCGAGGACACCUAUCGCGGGGCCAAAAUCGUCCACAUCUCCCUGGAUGGCCUGUGUGUCUCCCCUCCAGAGGGCUUCCUCAUCCGGAAGGGGCCGGGCAACUGCCACUUUGAUUUCGCUCAAGAAAUUCUCUUUGUGGACUACCUGCAUGUUCGCCAGCUGCCCCCGCCGGCCCGGAGGCUUGACUCGCAAAGCCUGGAGCGGGCGACCCUGGACUACGAGGCGCCGCUGAUGCCCUGCGGCUUCAUUUUCCAGUUGCAACUCCUGACCAGCUGGGGUGAUCCCUAUUAUAUUGGUCUCACGGGCCUGGAGCUGUAUGAUGAGCGGGGAGAAAAGAUCCCUCUGUCGGAAAACAAUAUUGCCGCCUUCCCCGACAGCGUGAACUCCCUGGAGGGCGUGUGCGGGGACGUCCGGACCCCCGACAAGCUCAUCGACCAAGUGAAUGACACCAGCGAUGGCCGGCACAUGUGGCUGGCCCCCAUCCUGCCCGGCCUGGUGAACCGGGUUUAUGUGAUUUUCGAUCUGCCCACCACCGUGUCAAUGAUCAAACUGUGGAAUUACGCGAAAACGCCCCAUCGAGGGGUGAAAGAGUUCGGCCUCCUGGUGGACGACUUGCUUGUGUACAAUGGGGUCCUGGCCAUGGUGGGCCAUUUGGUGGGGGGCAUCCUGCCCACGUGCGAGCCCACGGUGCCCUACCACACCAUCCUCUUCACCGAGGACACGGACAUCUGCCGCCAGGAGCGACACACCGCCAUCAGCGAUCAGGUGGAGGACCAGGACGUCCAGAUGAUGAAUGAAAAUCAGGUCAUCACUGACUCGAAAAGGAAGCAGAGCCUGGCUGACCAAGCCUUACGCCCCAAAACGUGCAUAAGCGAAAAGGAGAUAGCGCGACGGUGGCGGUGCUGACCCGCGGAGGAGGGAGCGCUGGUCCCAGCCAGCGGCGGCCUCUGUCACCCGCCCCGACCCAGCACCUGUGUCUUCCGCCCCUGUCCUCAGCCUUGGCAGCCUGGACUCCAGGGGCUGGACGAGGGGAGUGAGAGCCGACUUGGGUGACAUGGCCUCCCUCUGCUCCUCCGGGGUGCGCUCCCAGGAGCCCCAGCUUGGUGCCUCCUGCAGGCUCCAGCAGAGCAGGGCCCCAGGCACCAACGCCUGUGCCCACAAACCCACUGGGCCACCUCAGGCUGGGACGGUGAGGUGGCCUGGGGGGGCCUCCCCUCCCUGCAGAGCGUGGCCACCCAGGGCCGAGCGGGACGGUGGGGAGGGGGCCUCAGCCACCAACCCCAACUGCAGGUGCAAAUAGCUCCCCUCCCCGCCGCAUCCCUGCCUCAUCUGGGGGCUGGUGGAGCCGGCUUAGAGGGUGGGGUUGUUCCCUGGUGCCGUGGGAGUCUAGCCAGGACUGCUGCGGCCCCUUGCCUUAACCCAGGCGAGGACGGACCGCCCAGGGAUGUGUGUGUCGCGGAGGGAAGAGAGGGAGCCGUGUGCAGGAUGGGCGGUGGGCAGCUUCACACCCCAGACGGCCAGCAGGGCUGCAGGCCGAGGACCAGGCCCCCAACCUCGCCCUCGAGCCCCAGGGUCCACCUCCCCUUCCAUGGGAACUAGUCUGGGGGCGGGCGGCCCCUCCCUCUGGUCUGAGCUCGGGCUCCUCCUGCUCGAUGCGCCGGUUCCUCCGUUGCUCAGUUGUCGGAGCAGGUGCCCUUGCAGUCACGCCGAGAGGUGACUGUUGCCCAGGCCCCCUCCCCCGCAGCAGCUUCCCCUCCAGUUGGAAAUGUGCCCCGCACCCCCAGCCGAGUGAAGCUCAGAACGUAUCUAUUUCCAUCGAUGUAACAAGCUCGGAUCAGGGAUCUAAUUGGUUUCCCAGUGGUGGGUAAUUUCUCGUUGCAAAUAUUAAUCCGCUGUCUUCCUGGCGCCCGCCCGGCCCCACCGCAGUGCUGUACUCCAAGUAGGUUCCUAUGCAACCGAGAGCCCGGCAAAUACUUUUAUGAGCUUUGCAGCUUCGGCGGAGCAGCUAUGCAAAUGUGCUUUUCAUUUGGAGCGUGGGGCCGAUGGGAAGAUAAGGAACCGUUUCUCCCGCAGAAGAUCCAUCAUCUCUGUAGCUUCCAGGGCCCCUGGCUUCCGUGCUCACCUCCCAGACGUGGCCUCUGGGCUCCCAGAAGAGCUGAGGCCCGGGGGAACAGGGGGCUGAUCAAGCUCUUAGGGACUGAAGCCGGUGCCGCCACUUAAAGGCAGCCCGGCUGUCUGUCCCCACACGAGGCUGGGGCACAGGUCAGACCCCCACUGGCUCCCAGAAGCCCCACUGCUCUUGAUAAUGACUGUGGCGCCAUGCCAUUGAGGAGGGGAAGAAAGCUGUACAGGCAUUAACUGUAAAAUAAAUUCUAUUUUUUUUCUCCUGCAAAAUCAAUAAAAGAUGUUAUUAAGACUGUGGGCCG